AUAAACUAAUUUAGAAAGGUUUUGAUGUUAAAAAAAAAAAAAAAAAAAUAUUCCUCCAAAUUCUUUCCCGUUCCCUUCCCACGAUUUUAACAACGCAAACGGCCUUAUCCACCAACGGCGGCCGCUGAACUGAAUCACACCUAACUAAUUUACCUUCUUCAGCUCCUUUAUUUCUCUUUUUUUUAAAAAAAAAAAAAAAAAACAAAAAAGGAGAAAACUAUGAAACUUUCUUCUUCUUCUUCUUCUGGUUGUUGUUUCUUUAAAACCGCUCAAAUCUCACACGUCAUAGCUCCAUUUCGAGGCCUCAAUUUCAAUCCCUUAUCCCCAAAUCAGAAUUCCCUCGCUUUCCUCACGCUCUGCAACUCUAAUUCCAUUUCUCUCACUUCUCACUCCAACCGGCAGCUCCGAUUCGCCGCGCUUUGCGCUUCUCGAUCGGCCGAGUCAUCUUCUUCGGUCGCCCCCCAAGUGUCCCAACGGAUCUGUUCCGAGGAAGUAGGGGAGGAUGAAGUAUCGCAGAGUCGAUGGAAUGUGGAAGUGGGAAAACCAAGCAUUCCAAACCCUUCGGUGGCCAAGUUGAGCUUCAGCGACAAGGCUUUCUUUCUUUUGGCGUUCAUCGCCUGCACGACUUCUGUGGCAUUUACAAGCCUUGUAAUUGCAGCUGUGCCGACCCUAUAUGCAAUGGGGAGAGCUGCAACAUCACUUUCAAAGCUAGCAGAUACAGCUCGUGAGGAACUCCCCAGCACAAUGGCAGCCAUUAGGCUUUCAGGCAUGGAAAUUAGUGAUCUGACACUAGAGCUAAGUGACCUAAGCCAAGAGAUAACUGAUGGGGUCAACAAAUCUGCUCAAGCAGUGCAAGCAGCAGAAGCUGGAAUUCGACAGAUUGGUACACUAGCCCGGCAACAGACCAUCUGUAUGUUUAAGCUGUAUCAGCUUGUUCGGUGGAAUAAGACUAAUGCUGUAGUAAUGCUAUACAUCAAAGAAGACAUCCCGUGCUGUUGGCAGGGCAACAAAGACUUUCAUGAAUAUAAUCUCCAGAGGAGAGUUCAGCUCAGAGAAUGAGGAAGAUAGCGGAAUCGAUAGGGUGGAAAUUUGAUUUUUUGCUGGCUAAGCAAACUAUAUUAUUUUUGCUGGAAAUUUGAUUUCUGUGGACAAUAUGAUUUUUGUACAGUUUGUGGUAAAUAGUGUACCAGGUAGAGACAAUCUUGAAUACAAAUGAUAAAUUUUCUGGUGUAA